AUGGAUAUUACUACUGUGCUACCAGACCAUGUUUGGAUUGAAGAUGCUAGGGGAGUAAUGUUUAAGCAGGUUGUAGUGUAUUAUUGGAAGCCCCUCUAUUGUAAAAAGUGCAAUACAGCAGGUCAUGAUUGCACCAAGUCAUCCAAAGUAGCUCCAAAACCAGCUGUAAAGAAGGUUUGGGUAGCUAAGCCAACUCAGCAACAUGUACCAGCUCUACAGCAACAGGCAGGGGGGGUCCUUACUCCUCAUCAUGAACCACCUGUAGUCCAAUCUAGUGGCCAAGAUUGGAACAUAGUAACAAGGAGAACUAGGGGACCUAGAAGGAUGAGGAAUUUGAGUCCUAGUAAUCCUUUCACUGUGCUUUAUGGUGAUUUGGGAUUCAAGGAGAUUACUGGAGAAAUGGAUAGUGAUGGUGUGACUGUGCAGAAUAAUCAACAUGAACCACAUGAAGAAGAAACUAGAGUAAAAAUAGCUAAAUUUCCUAGGGUGUCUUCUAAACUUGGUAGACACUGGAGUUGGGGGAACAAUUAUAACUUGAACCCUAGAGGAAGGAUCUGGUUGGGUUGGCAACAUUCAGAGGUUGAUUUGUCAAUUCUGCAUACUCAUGAGCAGUUUUUGCAUUGUGUGAUUAGGGAUAGAACUGGUAAUGUUUCUUUGUUCUUUACAGCAGUCUAUGGUUUGCAUACCAUUGAAACUAGGAAGGAUCUUUGGCGCUCCCUUUUGCUCCUUCUUCCUAGUGUUGGUUCUCACCCUUGGCUCAUAUCUGGUGACUUUAAUUCUCCUUUGUAUGAUGCUGAUAGGAUUAAUGGUUCUCAUGUCUCUGCUGCUGAAAUUAAAGAUUUUAAUGAGUUUAUUGUGACUGCUGGUCUUUGUCCCCUACAAAGUGUGGGCCACUAUUUCUCAUGGCAUAAAGGUUCCGGUGAUGGAAAAACAGCUAGUAGAAUUGAUUUGGGGCUUGGUAAUGCUGAAUGGAUUCAUAAGUUUAGUGGUGUUCCUAUUCAAUAUCUCAACUCUUCCAUUUCUGACCACUCUCCGCUCUUGGUGAAUUGUUUGCCUGAUAAAGUUGAGGGAGGCAUACCUUUUAGAUUUUUGAAUUAUCUUGCAGAUCAUAGUAAGUUUGCUUCCUUGAUUGAGAAUAGUUGA